AGUUAGACAAAGUAUGACUUUCUUCCAUUUUUUACUUACUUCAUGUAUGUACUAUUGCUAUUUCAGGUUUUACUGGGUUUUGCUCCUCUCGAGAAGGAGCGUGCGCCAUAUAAGCAAAGAAGAAGAAGCUAUUUCAGUUUUAUGGGUUACUUUUCUGCCAUUUAGGCGACAGAGGCGCUGUUAAAGCCAUGUAGCAAAAUUUUUGUUGUAUAAUUUGUAAGCAAAUCACAAACCAGCAUUCUGGAAAAUAUUUAACUAAAAGUUUCUCACGUAUAAUAAAAAUAACCUUAUCAUCCUUAUUACAGCGUGAAAAUAACCUGACUAGCAGAUUAUAGUGCUUACUUUUAAUUUAUCUAAUUUCGCAAAAAUGAUUAUACCGAUCAAAAGAGAUGGAGUCAUAGAAGACUGGGCCAUUAUAGAUCUUCAAGGUGACUUAAACUUCGAAAAAGUGGAAGAUCCAGAUGCUCAAUUGGUUGGAGAUCUUCAUUUCACAAAAGCUGGUGUGCCUAUUUUAAUUAUUGGGAUUCAUGUAUUACACGGGAAAGAAGUGGCACUUGAUAAACCUUUGGUUGUGUUAGAAAAGCACAAUGACAAGACAGAGAGUGAAACAGAAAACGACACUAUAAGAACAGAAUAUACUGUGAAAGCUGUUGUAAGAAAGAAACUAUUGUUCAAAUCAAGACCAAAACCUAUAGUAACUAAUGUUCCAAAAGUAAUGUAAAAGUAAUAAUUAUAUAUAUAUAUAUAUA